UCUCUCCUUCAGCAACUCUCCCACUCCCUUCUUCACGGAUAACCUCUGAAGGUUCUCCGCACUUGCCGCAGCUGUGAGACCAGAGGAGCCCCAAAUAAUGGCACAGAUUGCAGAAGAAAACUUAUAUGAAAAAAUAGAUGAGGAGAAUGUGUACGAGAAGCCAUUUGAUGAACCGGGUGGGCUUGCUGAGGUGCAGUAUGAGAACCAAGAUGCUUAUAAAGACACCACAGAGAAGGAAGCUUUAUACAGCGAGAUUUCAAUUGAUGAGUCUGCUGAGAAGGCAGAGAGAAGUUUAUCUCCGGACUACAUGAACAUUAGAGACAGCACACCGGAGAUAGAAGCCAACGGCAGUGAGAGUCUGACGGGAGAAGAAAGUGCUUGUCCCUUCAGCUUCAGCCCAGAUAUGGGUGAAGCUGCUGAACAGGUGAACGGUGAUGGAAUCCUGUCCAGACACUCAUCCUCAUCAUCUGGAGACCCGUGUGAAGAAAGCACUGAGGAUGCCAUGGCCAUGGCUUUCGCCUUCUCAGCACCCAGAUCUUCUGAACCAGAGGAAGAAGUUGACUAUAGUCUCAAAACGGUGGACACCAAUCCAGCUGAAGCUCCAGAGAGAGCCAUUGACCCCACACAGCCAGAAAUCUCUCUGUUUGUCAAGGCUGGGAGUGAUGGGGAGAGUAUUGGGAAUUGUCCAUUCUCCCAGCGCCUUUUCAUGAUCCUCUGGCUCAAAGGGGUCGUCUUCAACGUCACCACUGUAGACCUGAAGAGGAAACCAGCUGACCUGCAUAACCUGGCUCCAGGCACCCACCCUCCUUUCCUCACCUUCAAUGGCGAGGUCAAAACCGACAUCAACAAGAUUGAAGAGUUCCUAGAGGAGGUGCUGGCACCACCAAAAUACCCUAAACUGGCAGCCAAGCACAGGGAGUCAAACACAGCGGGGAUUGACAUAUUUGCAAAGUUCUCAGCUUACAUCAAAAACACAAGGCCAGAUGCCAAUGGAGCACUAGAGAAAAGCUUGACGAAGGCCCUGAAGAAGCUGGAUGAAUAUCUGAACAGCCCUCUACCUGAAGAGAUAGAUGCGGACAGCAUGGAGGAGGAGAAGAGCUCCAACCGUUCGUUCCUGGAUGGGAAUGAGCUGACUCUGGCAGACUGCAACCUGCUGCCAAAGCUCCACAUAGUCAAGGUCGUUGCCAAGAAGUAUCGCAACUAUGACAUUCCUUCUGACAUGACGGGAGUGUGGCGCUACCUGAACAGCGCCUACUCACGAGACGAGUUUACCAACACUUGUGCUGCUGACAAAGAGAUUGAAAUGGCCUAUCAGGAUGUAGCAAAAAGGCUGGUCAAGUAAAUGAUGUGACACAACUAACAGAGGAAUAAGGCUUUACAGAUGCAGUCAGAAAUAAACCUGAGGUGUAGGUUCUGGUUUUGUAUAUUUUAGCUUUACCCAAUUUGUAACUAUUGCAAAUGAAACCUGAAAAAGUUCCGAUCUGAACACGGGUGACAAAAUAAAGAGACCUGCUGACUCAGCACUGGACCAGAAAAGUCUUGUUCCACUGCAACUUGUGUCUAAAAUCAUCAAAACUUGGUGGAUUUGUUUUUCUGAUAAGUUGCUUUUCCUUUAUUUAUUCCUAUCAUUUAGUUUAUCUCUUUUACAAUAGUUGUUGACUGUCAAUCAUGUGCAAGGGCCCGACAGCUGAGAAGAGAGAUUUCUGUUGAUUAGCUGAAAAAUAGCCACUGUAACAGUUUUCUUCUGUUUUGAUGAUUUUCAGUAAUGCACAGUCUUCAGUAGACUUCACUGAAUUCAAGGGAUUCGCUGAACAGAUAUGAGCUGUGUAUGCUGAUGUUCUGUAUGAACGUUAAAGGAAUUAUUCAGCAAAAGAUCGAAUUUAUUCAGUUUUCCACUUACCCCUUGAUCAGGCAAAGCACAUAUGGUGUCCAAGUUUUGCUUCUUUAGUUCAGUGCUGGAGUUAUACAGCUAACAUGUGCUAACGAACAAUAGAAGCCAAUAGUCACCCAAAUCUUUUCUGUAAAUACAUCUCUAGAACUUCACUUGAGGCUUAUCAGUGUGGUUUAGGAGUUUGACUUAUUCUGAACUUAUAAAUGAACAAAUCUUCACAAUGUACAUUAGCUAAACGCUGUGAGCAGCCACUUUCGACCCUUGGAGAACAGAGAUUGUGUUUAAUUCUAAUUCUAAUUCCUCCGCACAACCUUAAUGAAGAUCAGGAUGCAAUAUAAACAGGUUGAAACAAAGUGAUUGUGCAUUUAUGGAAAACAUUUAGGUGGCUAUUGACUUUAAAUGUUUCUAAGCAGCUAAACUAAAGAAGACAAAUUUGGACACCAAACAUAUCUUGGCUCACUGGCUAAGCGGAAAAUGAUGUAAAUUAGAUUUUUCGCUAACAACUACCUUAAAGUGUGUUUAUUUGUGUUUUCCAGAAACAGAGAAAGAACAAGUGUGAGUAGUAGAGCAAGACAGAACACAGAAACCUGUGAACAAAUCACAUUUUUGCAUGACUGUUUCUUAAUUGAAUCUGUUUGAAUGGCAUUUUGCUCAUUUUGCCUCAAAACAAUCGACUGCUGUAUGAAGAGUGAUCGAGUGAUUCAAAACACGUGCCUUGAUUGGGAAAUUCCUGGCCAAAAUCUUAAAUAUGAUUUAUGUUAUGAUAGUGUUCCAUAGACCGUAUAUUAUUUUUAGCCUGAUUCAAGAAGCUUUCAUUCAAGUCCUUACAGCUGUUUAGCCAAAAUACAUUUUAUCACGUUAACAUCGAACUUGUCUCUUUAUCAGCACAUAUAUCUACCCAUAAGAUUUAGUCUGGAGCUAAAUUAUGCCUGAUUAAUAUGAGUUGUGUGGCAAAGAAAAUUCAUGACGCCCAAUAGUGCUCUUAAAUGGAGUAAGGCAGUGUCGCCGGGCUUCUCUCCAGCUUCUCUCCGCUGCUCUCAGCAGUGCUGGAAUAGCACACUGCUCUACAGCCUUGAUGGGUCCUCAUGGAGCUGCGCUGCUCUUGUGUGGUUUGGACAAACAUUUGAUAUGAAAUGGGAGUAUGGCGCCAGAGAGGCCCAUCCUGCGUGAACCUCUACGAAUAAAAUAAUAUUUUCGCAGUU